AUGAUGGGCGAAGGUGAUGGGCGCACGCCGAUCGAGGCGUGGCUCGAGUCGCACUUCACCGCGGCCCAGCGGCAGCUGCCCCUCCUCGGGCCGGAGCUCGAGCGCCGUCGCCUGGCUGGCCUGCAGCCACCACAACCACCAGCAGCAGGCACAAGCGAACAACAAGAAGACGACGUCGACGACGGCGGUGGUGAUGGAGACGACGGUGAUGGUGGAGUUGAUGAAGAUGGCGAGCUGCAGCAGCGACAGCGGACGACGAUCGAGGAUCUGCCGGUCGAGGUGCUCUGCGCGGUGUUUGCUGCGGUGGAGGCGCCCAGGGACGUCCUCGCCUGUUCCGCCACCUGCCGGGCCUGGGCCACCAUCCUCGGCGCGCUCCGAUCGCCCACCACCUCCCCCGACGGCACCGACCAGGAGUCUGACGCGCUGUGGAAGAUGCUGGUGCUGACUAGUAGGCGGUGGCUGCGGCAUGGCCGAGCGUCGGCAUUGGUGCCGCCGCCCCGCACCUCUUGGAAGCAGUACUACCGCAUGCGCUGCCAUUUGGAACGCAACUGGAGGGUCGGCACGAUGCUGGUGAAGACCAUCCCGCUCAGCUCGACGGUCAGAAGCUUCGAUUACCGGCCAGGCGGCACCCUCACCUCACUCAGCCACGCGGGCAUUCACUUUUACGAUGUGGUCUCGGGUGCCAGCCAGGGCAAGAUCAGCGUGCCCUUCAGCCCCAUGUGCCACCAGCAGUUCGACCCGUUCCUCCUCGUGGGCGGCACCGGGAGCAAGCUGCACCUGUACCACGACGACGGUCGGUUGUUGGCGGUCUACCCGCACCCGGGACGCAUCGAGGCAGAAGAACCCGAGACCGUCUCCAGUGUGGCCUGUAACGUAGCCCUGGGCAAGUUUGUCUCUGCCACCCUCUCCACCGCGCAAUUGUGGGAUUUGACGAGCACACAACCGCUGUGGACACUGCCCGAGGCGACCAAAACUACAGUGCUGCACUACGACGAUCAGAAGAUUCUCACCGGCUCUCAGGACGUAACCGUCUACGACGCCAAGAGCGGAGUCAAAGUGUGCGCUCUUCCUCUGGCCGAGCCUACAAUCUCCCUGGCGUGCCUGAACAGCUUCUACACACUCGUCUCCACCGCACACGGAUCGCUCUUGUGGGACCUGCGCAUGCCACAGUCCUAUCCCGAGCUGGAGCGAGUCGUCUACGCCAGCGAUGACUGGCUCUGUCUAAGCUCCUACGACACCCUACUCUCCACCGGUGUGUCGGCCCAAGAGCGCUUGACGUUGUGGCAAGUGCACGUACCGGGCGUAGGGGGGCUGGGCACCAAGCAAGUGCGGAUGGACCAGGACCGCAUCGUCGUGGGUCGUGGCCAGGCCAUCCACAUCAGCUCCUUCGUUCACGAUCUUUCAACCAAACAGCUCUCCUGA